AUGGAUGCCGCCGUAGCUGGAGCUGCAGACCUCGGCAGAUAUGGUCGCCGUAUUGUCAAGAUGAUCUGGGACCCGGAGCCCGUCAACGAUACCGCCGCAGAUAUUCCCGUCUGGUGCUUGGGGUGUUCGUAUACCGUCGGGACUAGCAGAGACGCCGACCGUCAACACUCGGGUGCUCCAACUACUCCUCCACCACUGCCAGCCGCCUCGGCCACUGCUUCACACCCAGGCACGAAUGCGGCGCCCGUCACGCCCCCCGACUCCGCCUCGAGCAGCUUCAGCUCCUCGCUGGCCUACGAAGACGCCGGUGACGACAGCGGCGGAUGGCCCGUCGCCUUCCUGGACGACUUCGAGUCCCGUAUCUGGAUGACGUACCGGUCCAGCUUUGACUCCAUCCCGAGAUCUGCAGACCCCAAAGCCUCGACGGCUCUCUCCUUCUCCAUGCGUCUGAGAACGCUAGGCGACCAGUCGGGCUUCACCUCCGAUAGUGGAUGGGGGUGCAUGAUCCGCUCCGGCCAAUGUCUACUCGCAAACGCGCUGGCCAUGCUCGAGCUCGGUCGAGACUGGCGGAGAGGCGAUAAGAGCGACCAGGAAAGGCAGCUCCUCUCUCUGUUUGCAGACGAUCCGAGGGCGCCCUUCUCUAUCCAUAGUUUUGUCAGGCACGGCGCCGAGGCAUGCGGAAAGUACCCCGGCGAGUGGUUUGGACCGUCAGCCACGACUCGAUGUAUCCAGGCGCUUACCAACGCGCGGCAGGGCCAGCUUCGUGUCUACUCCACGGGCGACCUCCCGGAUGUCUAUGAAGAUACUUUUAUGGCUACCGCCAAGCCGAACGACGAGGCGUUUCAUCCUACUCUGAUUCUGGUGAGCACAAGGCUCGGUAUCGAUAAGAUCAACCCAGUCUACUGGGAGGCCCUCACAUCCAGUCUACAGCUACCUCAGUCUGUAGGCAUCGCUGGGGGGCGCCCUUCCUCAUCGCACUAUUUUGUUGGUGCCCAGCGAUGUCCUGACAACCAAGGUUCCUUUCUAUACUACCUCGACCCUCACUUUACCCGCACCGCCCUCCCCUUCCACGAGCAGGUCGCCGAUUACACGGCGGACGAAGUCGGUUCGUGUCACACGCGGCGGCUGCGGCGGCUUCAUAUACGCGAGAUGGACCCGAGUAUGCUCAUAGCCUUUCUCAUUCGAGACGAGGAUGACUGGGAGACGUGGAAGAGCUCUGUCAAGCAUGUCCAGGGAAAAGCCAUCAUUACCAUAUCACCAAACGACCCAGCCGGGGCUAUGGCCCCUGGGCGGCACGAGGCUAUUGACGAGGUCGAAACUCUGAGUGAUGAAGACGAUGCAGAGACCAUCUUGGAGGCCUAG